AGAGAGUGUGUAGACUCCUCGCCUGCAGGCUGCAUCUGCAUGCACAAUAUAAAUAAAGCACUCGUAGCUUAGCUGACGUUAUAACUACUACCUAGUCUAUCAGAAUCAGAAAUAAGAACAGUUAGUGAUAGCCAGUCGUGUAAAUAUGUUAAAGUUAUUGUAUUAUCGGUAGGAAUACAGUAAUCAAAUUACUUUGGAGUUGAAUUUUCCGAACGUCGAAGCUAGUGUUCGUAUUGAUAAGAAUAUUCUUCAAUAAUCAUGGAAAAACGUGUUGUCAAAUUGACAAUUCGAGAUUCCAGUCAAGUGCUGGAUGACCAAAAAGUGGAUUGUGAUGAGAACUGGCAAAUUGCUCAGCUCAAGGAACAUUUGUCAGAUCUGUAUCCGAGUAAACCAAAACCUUGUGAUCAGAAGCUUAUAUAUUGUGGAUAUGUUCUUGACAACCAUGCACUACUGAAAAAUAUUUUCCAUGAAGAUGAUAAUAAUAUUAACACAUUUAUUGUACAUUUGUUAUGUAAAACAAAUCUUAGAAAUGUUAAGAAACAGUUAAUCGAGGCAACUCAACCUAAAGUUGAGAAGCCUGCUGUGGUCUCCACUGCUGAAUCUAAUUCAACUUGGGAAACAACCACUCUUAGACAUUUUGGUGACUAUUCAAGCAGCGAAUUAAGCGAACAACAAAGACUUUGGCUUCAGGAAGCCUAUAAGUACUAUGCUUCAUGUUACAUGCAUUUGUGUUCCACACAAGGAUUUGUGGUACCAGACAGGUUUGGAAACUUGCAGACAAUGUUUCCUGUCAAUAUGAAUCCUAAUUUUGCUGCUGAUCAUAUGAAAAACUAUUUAAAUCAUCCACCGAGAAAUCAAGAUAGUUCUAGUAGCAAUAAUGAUAAUAUAAAUGAUAACAAUAGUAAUAACAACAAUAUCAACAACAAUAACGUCAAUAUAAAUAAUAAUAAUAAUAAUAACAACAAUAAUUUGAACAUCAACAAUAAUCAUGUUGAAGAAGAUCUUGCCAUGGGAAACAACAGAGACUGGCUUGAUAAUUUCUAUACACUCUCUAGAGUAAUCGUUUUAUUCAGUAUAGUGUAUUUUUAUUCAUCUCCGAUAAGGUUUAUAAUUGUUGUUUUCCUGGGAUUCGUUAUUUAUCUGUAUCAGAAUGGAUUUUUCAGGACUAAUCCAGCACUAUUUACGGAAAAUAAUAAUGAGCCAGUAGACAAUAACAAUCGUAGAAAUAACAACGAAAAUCAAACUCCUGAAGAAAGGCGGCCCUUAGAAGAUGCGCCAGCCAGUGAGAACGAUGUACCAGCGCAAACUCGUCAAAACGAAAACGACGACCGACCUGGUGCAUUGUCGUUCACCUGGAUAUUUUUUAGUUCGUUCUUCACUUCUCUAGUUCCUGAUCAUCCAAAUAUUGCAUGAUAUUUUAAUACCAAGUAUUUAGUUUAUUCAGAAUGUUAUUAUAUUUAUACUACGAAUGUGUAAAUUAUUCUUUACUUUAUAACGAAAUGCUUUUAUCGAAAAUCGAUUGUUGUAAGAUAAGAAGAAUGUAUAUAACAGAGCGUGUGCGGUAAAAGUUAAAUAUUUUGUUGUUAAUUGAGUUGACAAAAAAGUCGGAGAUUACCAGAAACAUUGUAUUCACUUUGACUAGCUUUACUUGUAAUUUGGACAAGCAUUUUUGAAAAGUUGUUAUUAUUUACUAUUGUUGUAAUUGAAUUAAUGGUAAAACGCAAAUAGUUACUACAGAUUUAGAUAAAAAAGCUAAUUUGAUAGAAAAAUUAUAUUUACUAUGUAUAUAUAAUUUGGAAAGUACACCAUUGAUAAAUAAAGAUAAUAAAUAUUAUAAUAAUA